CUCAGCAAGACACGACCACCAUCACCACCACCACCACCAAGAGACGGAGCGCCGAACGAUGGCUUCGGGCUCCCACAACAAGCUGGCGUUCCUGCAGCAGGCACCGCCGGCCAACUAUGUGGCUGGUCUCGGUCGUGGUGCUUCGGGCUUCACGACGAGGUCCGACAUUGGUCCUGCUCGAGAAGGCCCAUCCGCCGAGACGAUUGCGGCCGCGCGGGCCAAGCGUGGCUUGGGGCCCGAGGAUGGCGAUGAUACCCCAUCGGGGCGAGAUCGAGGGGAUGAUGACGAUGGAGGCGAGCGGGGCGACGAGGAGGAAAAUGAUCCCAAUCAAGACCCCGAGAAUGAGACGGGCCUGUUCGCGGGGGCCGUGUACGAACGAGAUGACGAAGAGGCCGACAGGAUCUGGGAAGGUGUCGAUCGGCAGAUGGAUGAGCGGCGCCGAAAGAAGCGCGAGGCGAGGGAGAAAGAGGAGCUGGCCAAGUUCCGGGCUGAGCGGCCCAAGAUCCAGGCACAAUUUGCAGACCUGAAGAGGGGUUUGAGCACAGUCAGCGAGGAGGAGUGGGCCAACCUGCCGGAGCCCGGCAAUUUGACAGGCAAGAGGAGAAAAGCUGCGAGCAAAAGAGAGGCAAGAGAUACAAGGAGCUUCGCGGUGCCGGAUAGCGUGAUCCUGGGCAACAGGGAAAGGGGUGCCAUGGAGAGCAGUGUAGGGAGUGAUGAGGCUGGAGGGGCGAGCGCGACAAGCGAUGGAACGCAGAGCAGCUUGCAGGGAACGACGACGAGUCUUACGGAUAUCGGAGAAGCGCGAAACAAGAUCUUCUCGCACAAGCUCGACGAAGCUGGAGAGAGCGGCAUUGCUUCCACAUCUGGUACCAGCUCAACGAUCGACCCCAAGGGCUAUCUUACCGAGCUCAGCUCGACGGUGACGAAGAGCGCGGCCGAAAUUGGCGACAUCAAGAAGGCGAGGAGCCUGCUUGAUUCGGUCAUCAAGACGAACCCAAAGCAUGCGCCUGGCUGGAUUGCAGCAGCGAGGCUCGAGGAGGUGGCGGGCAAAAUGGCUGUGGCGCGCAAGGUUAUUGCGCAAGGCUGUGAGCAGUGUCCAAAGAGCGACGAUGUGUGGCUAGAGAGUGCGCGCCUCAACACAUUGGACAACGCCAAAGUCAUCCUUGCCCAAGCCGUCCAGCAUAUCAGUCAGAGCGUCAAGAUCUGGCUUAAAGCUGCCGAGCUAGAGACGGACCCAAACAGCAAGAAGCGAGUGCUGCGGAAGAGCAUCGAGUAUAUUCCGCACUCCGUCAAACUGUGGAAGGAGCUCGUGAAUCUCGAGGAGUCGCCGGAGGACGCGAGGAUCCUCUUGAGCGGCGCCGUGGCCAAUAUCCCCCAGAGUGUCGAUCUAUGGCUGGCUCUGGCUCGGCUGAGCAGCCCACAGGAAGCGAGAAAGGUACUCAACGAGGCGCGAAGAGCGGUCCCUACAAGCCACGAAAUCUGGAUCAGCGCCGUCAGGCUGAUGGAGCAGCAGCAAGAUGCCGAAACGCAGGAGAGCACCAACAUCGAAAAGAACCAGACGAGCUUGGAUCGCAUCAUGGCCGAGGCCGUCAACCGUCUGUCCAAAGCUGGCGCAGUACUGUCGCGCGAACAGUGGUUGCGAGAGGCUGAGCAAGUCGAGAAAGAGGGCAGCCCAAAGACGAGUGCAGCCAUCAUCAAGGCGACAAUCGGACUGGAUAUUGACGAUGAAGACCGGAAGACGGUGUGGGUUGAGGACGCCCAGUCGGCCAUCGAUAAGGGCUGUAUCGACACAGCGAGAGCAAUUUUGGCCUUCACAUUGCGCCACUUUCCGGACAUACCCUCCAUUUGGCGUCUGGCUGCCGAUCUCGAAAAGAGCCACGGGAACCGAGAGUCCCUCGAGGCGCUCCUGGAGAAGGGUGUCGAGAACUGCCCCAAGGCCGAAUUCCUCUGGCUCUUCUACGCCAAGGAACGCUGGGCCACGUAUGGUGAUGUGGCAGGCGCGCGAGAGAUCCUGAUCCGCGCAUUCGACCAAAACGUCGGGUCAGAACACAUCUCACUCGAGGCUGCGCAGCUCGAAGCGGAGAACGGGCAGACGAAAGCCGCCAGCCUGUUGCUUGCGCGCGCACGGAAGGAGGUCGGGAGCGAGCGCGUCUGGCUCAAGAGCAUCCUGCUCGAGAGGAAUCUGGGCCACCUGAAAGAGGCAGCGGACCUGACAAAGCAAGCGCUAGAGAAGUUCCCAGACACCAGUGGCUGGAAGUUCUACCUUGUGCUCGCACAGCUUACCGAGCGGCUCGAGAGCCAAGAAGGUGGCGCCAACAUCAGAGCGGCGAGAGAGGUGCUCACAAAGGGAUGCAAGCGUGUGCCUAAAUGCGUGCCGCUCUGGCUCGAGGCGAGCAGGCUCGAAGAGAGGGCCGACCUCACCAUUCGGUCACGAGCGAUUCUCGAGAAGGCUCGCUUGGCCAAUCCACGUAAUGAGCAGCUCUGGCUUGAGGCUGUCGACGUCGAGGAGCGGUCUGGAAGCGUUGCUCAGGCCAAAGCGACGCUAGCGAGAGGUCUGCAGGAGUGCCCGUCGAGCGGCGCUCUGCAUGCUCGGGCUGUCUGGCUCGAGCCCAGGCAGGCCCGAAAGACGCGCUCGGCUGACGCUUUGAAGAAGACGGGCGACCAUGUCGAGGUGCUCUGCACUGUUGCGCGGCUCUUCUGGAACGAGCGGAAGAUCGAGAGCGCUCGAAAGUGGUUUGAGAGGAUGUCAAAGAGCGGCGGGGACUGGGGAGACGGGUGGGCGUGGUGGCUCAAAUUUGAAAAGAUGCACGGCACCGCAGAGUCACAGGACAUUGUCCGUCAACGGUGUGCAAGGCAGGCCCCGAGGCACGGUCGUCUCUGGCAAAGGACGGCAAAGGACAUCGACCAUCCUAGUCGGACUACAGAAGAGAUCCUAAACAUUGUCGCAGAUCAGCUCGUCAUCACUACCUGAUCUUGGGUUCAUCUAAUUGUAUAAAAGAAUUUGACAAAUACAAAAUGAU